UCCAACCAAAAUGUUGAAACGACGCUCACCCAAGUUCGAAGAUCGAUGAUGCGUGAUUCCUAACAAGGCGAUCGAUUCGUCCAUUCCACUCGUCUCCUAUUCUCUACGAGCUCCCUUGUGGUACUGUUUCGCACGCUACUCUCUGCAUCAGGCUGCUCUACCCAUAGACAUAGACUAGACACGUCAACAUGGCGGGAGACUCUUUCUUCGUGAACGACAAAAAACGGAAGCGACCUAACAAUAAAGGUCUGAAUCAAAAGCAGAGCCGGCCAUCGACAUCAUCAGCUCCCAAACGAAAACCGAGGGAUGAAGAGUUGUCCUCUGGUUCGGAAGACGAUCGGGGCGAUCUCGAUGCCCUCGACUUUACUCGAGAUGACGUCGGCGCAGACGCUGUGCGUUACGAUUCCGGCGAAGAAGAGGAACUGAACAGGAACGAGACCGCUGGAGAAAAGCGGAUCAGGUUGGCCAAGGGCUACUUGAAUAAGGUUCGGGAUGAGGUGGCAAAUCGGGUAGACGAUGGGACGUUCGACGCCGCCGAGAUCGAUCGAGAAUUGAUCGCUGCCAGAUUGAAGCAGGAUGUCGACGAGCAAUCCGGUGCGAUCCAUACGUUCUUGCAACCUCGACUUUCAGCAAUCGACUCUCCCGCUACCACCCUUAAAAGGCACUUCCUUCCCGCGCUUCACAACCAUGCUGUGACAGCUUCCCACGCCUCUUCCACUCAUCUCUAUAUCGCUCACAAGAGCGGUUCUGUCGUACGAUAUGACCUUCGCACCAUGCGUCUGUCUGGGAACGUCUUUGGACAAUCCGCACACGGACAGGAUGGCAAGGGAAAAGAGAAGCAGCCCGCAGGUCAAGGCCACAAGGGAACGAUCUACUGCUUGGCCGCGUCAGAGGACGGCAAGUACGUGGUCACCGGUGGAAAGGACAAGCUCGUUGGAGUAUGGGAAGUGCAGCCUGGGUCAGGUAACUCGGUGCCGAGGCGGGCGAGCGUUAGUGCUAAGAAACGAAAAACAAAGAGGAAGGCGGGUGAAGGCGGUGUGAAAUGGCUGCGAGGUUUGACGGGUCACAAGGAUGCUGUGACGUCGAUCUCAAUACCGGCGCUUUCCAACCCUUCAAUGCACUUCCUCUCUACAUCUCUCUCCCGACUUCUCUGCCUUCAAUCGCUAUCUACACUUUCCACAAUCGACACCUUCUUCGGUCAUCAAGAUUCGAUCGCUUCCGUAUCGGCAAUAAAACCUACAAUGGCGGUGACGAGUGGAGGACGUGACCGCACAGCGAGAUGGUGGAAAGUGGAGGAGGAAAUUCAGCUGGUGUUUCGAGGAGGCGGGAAGACAUUCGAUCGUAGAGAAGCAAAUGGGGCCGAGGCUGUGGAAACGAUGGAGGAGCAGGAGCAGGAAAAGCCGAAGCCCAAGAGCAAGGGCAAAGACGCCAAGAAGGAGUUCCAGGAAGGAAGCAUGGAUGUUGUUUGCAUCUUGGACGACUCGCACUUCUUAUCGGGCGGUGACAGCGGAUCUAUUUGUCUCUGGCACACUGGCAAGAAGAAGCCCAUAUUCACAGCAGGCUUGGCUCACGGUCUCAUGGAGACCGUAUCGGAGACGGAAGGGGUGAUGGUUAGACCUAGGUUGAUCACCAGUCUAGCUGCUCUCCGCGGAACGGACCUUUUCGCUUCUGGCUCUUCGUCAGGCGAGAUCAAGAUCUGGGCAGUUGCAGCAAACCUCAAAUCUUUCACCUUGCUCUUCGACGUGCCCGCCAAGGGUUUCGUCAACAGUCUGCAAAUCAUCUCUGUACCGCCCCGCAACAAAGGAGCAGGUCGACCUGAAAAAGGCCAUGAAGAAGGCACGAAGGCGGACCCGGAGAUUCUUCUGCUGGCAUCGCUAUCGAGGGAACCUCGUCUCGGACGCUGGGAGGUCUUGAAGGAGAGAAGCAUUCGAAACGGAACCUUGGUGGUUCAUCUGGGAAAGCAAUCUGUGUAG